AUGUCUAACUUCUGGAACGCCUUCUCAGUCUAUAACAAAGACAAACACUCUGCAAACUCCAAAAUAUACGGUUCAAACCAUAUGAAUUUGAGUACUGGUACAACUACGUAUCUGCACUCAAAUGAAUAUAGGGAACCAACGUCAAAAGACGUUAAAGAUGGAAACGAGAUGGAGAAACAAAGAAGAAUGUCCGAGUCUUCAUUAGACUCCUCAAAGAGAAGAGUCUCUCAAUCAACAAUUGAUGAUAUUUCAAAACUAUCUCAAGGUGAAUUCAAAGAAAUUUAUCAAAGUUUAAGAAAAGGUGAACCAAGCAAUAAAGUCAACUUCUAA